UAAUUUGCAUUGUAUUUAACAGAGAAGUUAGGCAUGCCUACUGAACCAGACCUGGUACACCUUGUGACAGGGGGUGGAGGCUACCCGGGCUUCAAUCUGGGUAAAGAGUUGGCUGCAACAGGAAAACAAGUGAUUCUGGUGGACAUCAUUGAACCAAGAUGGCCUUUAAAGGAAAACAUGAAUUUCAUUCAGUGUAACAUAGUACAGAGACACGAAGUAGAAGAGGCCCUGCAAGGAGUGGACUGUGUGUACCACAUGGCUUCUUAUGGAAUGUCCGGACGGGAACAAUUGAACACCAAGUUGAUAGAAGCUGUGAAUAUACAAGGAACAGAAAAUGUAAUCCAAGCAUGUCUGAAGCACAAGAUAAAGAGACUUGUGUACACCAGUACAUACAAUGUUAUCUUUGGGGGUCAGGUGAUUUGUGAUGGGGAGGAGUCCUUACCUUACCUCCGCCUGAAUCAGCAUCCUGAUCAUUAUUCUCGGACCAAGAGCAUUGCUGAACAGAGGGUGCUGGCUGCCAAUGAACCAGGGACACUCCAUACUUGUGCCCUCAGACUGGCGGGAGUGUACGGGGUGGGGGAACUACGCCAUAUACCCAGGACAGUGAACACAGUCGAGUCAGGGUACAUGCAGGCGCUAUUUGGGAAAGAUUCACUCCAAGAUUUCCUCCACAUCGACAAUCUAGUCCAGGCUCACAUUUUGGCGGGGCGGGCCCUAAUGGAGUCAAACAGGCGUGUGGCUGCUGGUCAGGCAUAUUUUAUCUCUGAUGGUGCUCCUAUCAACACUUUUGAAUUUUUCAGGCCCCUGCUAAGUGGGUUGGGCUAUCCAUUACCUAAGAUAUAUGUACCAGUCUCUUUAGUUUACCUAGUAGCUUUCAUCAUCGAGUGGAUUCAUUUUUUUGUGGGAAGGAUCUACAACUUCCAGCCCAUCCUAACGAGAACUGAGGUGUACAAGUCUGGUGUGACUCAUUAUUUUAGCAUCAAAAAAGCCUCCAGAGAUCUCGGAUACAAACCGACAGUACAGAACGCAUUAGAUGAUGUGUUGGAAGAAUAUUUAACCAAGAAGGGACCCAAGAAAGCCAAGAAAAAACAGUCCGUCGUCAUGUACUAUUUUGUCAAUCUGAUCAUAGCGGUCAUAUUUGCAUCCUUUGUUAUGUCUUUUUUACCAGGGGUGAAAUAAACUAUAAUUGUACUCUUAAA